GAGGAGACUGACAUUAGCCUGGCGCAGAAGGUCCUUAUUGGUAUCGUUCUCUCAUUCGUCAUCUUCCUCUCCAUCUUCGGGAACGUGCUGGUCUGCCUUGCCGUGUACACCGACAGGAACCUUCGCAAGAUCGGCAACCUGUUCGUGGUGUCCCUGGCCAUCGCGGACCUGUUUGUGGCCUGCGUGGUGAUGACCUUCGCCCUCGUCAAUGACCUGCUCGGGUACUGGCCCUUCGGGAGCGAAUACUGUGACAUCUGGAUUGCCUUCGACGUCAUGUGCUCCACCGCCUCCAUCGUGAACCUGUGCGCCAUCAGCCUAGACCGCUACAUCCACAUCAAGGACCCGUUGCGGUAUGGGCGGUGGAUGACGAAGAGGAUUGUGACUCUGAGCAUCGCUGGCAUUUGGGUGCUGAGUGCCCUCGUGUCCUUCCUGCCCAUCAGCCUGAAGCUCCACAAGCCACAUGUAGCCAGGGAUGAGGAGCAGCAGCAGCAGGGCGGGGCGGGCGGGGACGCGGGCCAGCUGCAGUGCGCCCUGGAGCUAAGCAAGAUCUACGCCGUGGUGUCCUCCUGCAUUAGCUUCUUCCUCCCCUGCUGCGUCAUGCUCGCCAUUUACUCCCGCCUCUACUUGUACGCCAAGAGACACGUGGAGUCCAUCAAGGCCCUAGUGCGCCCGGUCACACUGGGGUCGCUGGAGGGAGACACGAGCCGCCCCAGGAAGGUAGCGGCGCCUUGUCACGUGUCGGAGUCCAAAGCAGCGACCACAGUAGGAAUUAUCGUGGGAACCUUCCUCACCUGCUGGGUUCCUUUUUUCUGUGUCAACAUCGCCGCCGCAUUCUGCCACGAGUGUAUCCCCGAGGUGGUGUUCAAGACCCUCACGUGGUUCGGCUACACCAAUUCCUCCUUCAACCCCAUCAUCUACUCCAUCUUCAAUCAAGAGUUUCGUGACGCCUUCAAGAGGAUUCUCACAUCCCGCUGCCGCCCCUGCCCUGACUAUUGCUGCUGCUGCUGCUGCCUAAAUGAUCCUGCAGACGUCCCCUACUUCUCGCCAGGCCCGCCCUGCUCCUGCUCCCCCUGCUGUGGCGCCUCCUCCAGCCGGCCGGGCCCCAGCGGCGUGGUGGUGGCCGCUAAGGGGCAGGCAGUGUCCCGCCACGUGGAGGCCUCAAGACACAACCACCAGAACGGCUCCUCCACCGCCCUCACUGAAUACACCGUCCUGGAGACCGCCACGCCAAAGUUCUCGCACGACCGCUCCAGGGCCUCGUCAGGGGAGCGCUGCCUCAUCCUGGAGCAGAUCUCAGCCAUCUGAACGCCGCCGCGAGGAAGGCAACGUGGUGACUCAUGUUCCUCCUCCUCGGGGCGUUAACAACCAGGGCUGCGCGUGCUGGCGUGUCUCGUUGUCUCGUGAUGGCGGAGCAAGAUGAGGCUUCUGAGGGGCUGUGUGUGUGUGUGUGUGUGUGUGUGUGUGUGUGUGUGUGUGUGUGUGUGUGCAGCGAGGCUCGUGGUAAAUGUGUCCCAUGCCCCGGUGCUUCCUCUCACCAGGAGCGUCUCUGUGUCCCUCAGUUACCGCGUGCAUCUGCCACGCCCGCGAGAUGCACGCUGCCCCUCACGCCGUACCGGGACGCGGUAAAGCAUCACCUAAUGCGAGAAAUGUAAUUACCUGUUAAUUCCACGAGUAUGCUGCGCUGUGCCGCCGGCAGGUGAGGGCCGCGUACCGCUCUCUGCCCCGCUCUCACACUCCGCGGCGCUCAUAACGGUGCACGCUGAAGAAAUGUUGCAGGAAACACGACGAAGCGAGGGCGAGGACAGAGGGGAAAAAGAUUAAGUUACAUAUAAUUUCAGCACUAACGACGUGAUGGACAGAAGUAAUUGAUUUCAAGGCGCUUCAGAAACUGGGUAAUAUGGUAAUAGAGAACGAUGCCCUGUGCUCCCCUGCUCCACCCUCCUUCCCCCCAGGACAGGUGGUGCUGAGUGGUGCGCUCCAGACCAGGUGUGAGCUGGCGGACUGAACAGGUGUGCGGACCAAGGUUAAAGAGGCCAGUAUUCUUCUCAGGUGUGUGUUGGAGGGUGUAAUGGUCAUGGCUGUUGUCCCAUGUGUGUGUGUGUGUGUGUGUGUGUGUGUGUGUGUGUGUGUGUGUGUGUGUGUGUGUGUGUGUGUGUGUGUGUGUGUGUGUGCACACUUCCAUACGUCCGCAAGCUGAGACAAGAUUUUACUGAUCUUUUACACACACACACACACACACACACACACACACACACACACACACACACACACACACACACACACACACACACACACACACACACACACACACACACACACACACACACACACACACACACACAUUACAUACAUUACAUAUACAAACUUGCUAUAUAUGGUGCGCACGCGCGCGUGCACACACACACACACACACACACACACACACACACACACACACACGUUCAAGUACGACACUAAUUAACACCUGCUCAAGUCCCAUUUCACCUGGCGACUCUCAGACCAGCUUAAUUAAAUCAUCUGCCGAGAAGCUCGCAGGUGUGGCCUCACCUGAAUCACCUGCCGAUGAAAACCCAGCAAGGAAAACACAAAACUAUUCUUUCAAACCUCGUGUCAUCAUCUGAUCAUUUCACACGAUUUUUUUCAUUAAUCUCAGAAAACGUCCUGAAAAAUCACGUUUUUUUUCUUUUUUCUUUUUUUUCUCCAAAUGCACGAAGCCCUUCAGAAGCGUAGCCCAAUAAGACGUAAGCUGAUUGGCUGUCAUAUAUGGCCCAUGUGGCCUGAUUGGUGGAACAUGAUCAGCCCACCUUCUUGCCAGAGUGUGAUGAUGAUGAACACAAGAUGAUGAGGGUGAUGGUGAUGAUAGUGACUCCUCAUGAUGGUGACACAGUGAAGUGAACUCUUAAGGAAGAAAGACUGGAAAAGAACAACACUCAAGGCUUCGUAUCAAGGAAAAAGACAACAAGGUGUCUGGAAGAGACAGACAGAAAAAUAGACGUUCAAUGUUAUUUUUCCAAUUGAAAUAGACAAGAUUACACAAUAAGGUGAAUAUUAAAAAGAGAAGUCUUACGGUUGGGUGUUUUGGAAAGACAUUGAGUGUUGUGUGUAGAAGAGACAAAGGUACAUAAUUAGAUGUUUGAGAAGAAAGUGGUAUAGAGAGAGAAACAAAAAAAAAAAAAAAUCCUCACAAUGAAGUGUUUUCAUAUGGGAGAUAAAGACAAACAGCUUCACAUUACAUUAAGAGAGACAGAUCAAGAAAACAAAUAAUGAAGUGCAUAGAAGAUUAAAGAAUGAAGUAACACAAAAAAAAGAGGUAAAGUGGUGUCUAAAAAAAAGAUAAACGAAGAAAAAUACCAUGAAGUGUUAAGAAAAUAUCGAAUGAAGCAACACAUCACUUAGAAAACGAAAAAAAAAAUAAAAUGGAGUGUUUUAAAAAAGAGACAAUAGAAUUAAAUAAAAAAGAAAAGAAAGAGCUGCAAUGAGGAAGCAACACAUCAAAUACACAUUCUUUAUUCAUUCCAUUAUGUAGUCAAAUUUACAUAAACACGUGGAAAUGCAACCCCGUUGGUAAUGAUGAUUCUUGGCCAGUGUGUUGUGCUGUGCUGUGCUGUGUUGUGUGUUGGUUGUGUUCGUGUUGGUGCCGCGAAACUAGUCAGUGAUGAUGGUGUUGGUUGUCUUGGCGGCGGUGAUGGCAGUAGUGACGGUGGUAAUAGUGAUGAUGAUGGUGGUGAUGGAUGAUGACUAUGAUGGUGCUUCUGUAGUGAUUGCAUAUAGGGAGUUUCAGGCUAAUUAUCGUGGUGUGUGUGUGUGUGUGUGUGUGUGUGUGUGUGUGUGUGUGUGUGUGUGUGUGUGUGUGUGUGUGU